AAUGCCUUGUGAAUAUGCGCUAGGCUCAGUUAUUCAUUGCUGCGUGAGUCAUCUUAGCAGCAGCGGAGUCACGUCCCUCACGUAGCGGCUGAUUGAAUCGGAAGUGAUCUGUGUGUGAACGUGUCUUACAGCGACGUGCAGUUCACUUGAAUUACGUCCUAGUACCGUACAGGAACACCGUAACGGGCGAGCAGCUGCGUGAAGACAAGAGAAAGCUUUCACUGAACAGACCCGUUUGGUUUAUGCCGAACUCGGUUCAUUGACAAUCGACUAUGAAAUCGUUCAUUCUGUUGGCGCUUGUGCUCACCAGCGUCCACGUGACGACAGCAGGCUCCGCUGCGCACAGGUGCUUCUGCCAGGUCACUGGGACUCUUGAUGAUUGCGCUUGUGAUGUUGAGACCAUCGACAGCUUCAACAACAAAGAAAUCUUUCCCAAACUACAAAAACUACUCUCAUCUGAUUAUUUCCGGUUUUAUAAGGUCAAUCUGAACAACCCCUGCCCGUUCUGGACAGACCACAGUCAGUGUGGACUCAAAUACUGUGCUGUGAAACCGUGCACAGAGGGUGAAGUACCAGAGGGCCUUAAAUCCAGCAGUUAUAAGUAUUCAGAAGCAGCCAGUCAGGAUAUAGAGGAGUGUGAGAAGGCAGAGAAACUCGGAGCUGUCGAUGGUUCUCUAAGUGAUGAGACACGUCAGGCUCUUCAGGAGUGGAAGAAACACGAUGAUGAAUCGGACCGUUUCUGCAUGUUAGACGAUGAGGACUCGCCUAAAUCACAGUAUGUCGACCUCCUGCUCAACCCUGAGCGUUUCACCGGCUAUAAAGGACCAGAGGCCUGGCGGAUCUGGAACAGCAUAUAUGAGGAGAACUGCUUCAAACCGUAUUCAGUUAAACGACCACUGAAUCCUUUGGCGUCUAACAGCGGAGACGAUGGGCAAGGCUUCUACCGUUGGCUUGAAGGCUUGUGUGUGGAGAAACGAGCGUUCUUCAGGCUGGUCUCAGGACUGCAUGCCAGUAUAAACACACACCUGAGCGCCAGGUACCUACUAGACGAAAACUGGUUCGAAAUGAAGUGGGGUCACAACGUCUCCGAGUUCCAGCAGAGGUUUGACGAGGAGCUGACAGAAGGGGAGGGGCCAAAGAGAUUACGCAACCUCUACUUCCUGUACCUCAUUGAGCUGCGUGCUCUGGCAAAAAUCCUGCCUUAUUUUGAACGUCCUGCCUUCCAUCUGUACACUGGCCAACGCACUCAAGACAACGAGAACAAGAAACUGCUUCUAGAGCUCCUCCAUGUGGCCAAAUCCUUUCCAUUGCAUUUUGAUGAGACUGCUCUGUUUGCUGGAAAUAAGAAGGAAGCUAUGAAACUGAAAGAAGACUUCAAGAUGACUUUUAAGAACAUCUCGCGCAUCAUGGACUGUGUUGAGUGUUUUAAAUGCAGACUUUGGGGCAAAUUGCAGACUCAGGGCUUGGGAACUGCACUGAAAAUCCUGUUCUCAGAAAGGCAAAUAGAGGCAAUGCCCAACAUGAGCAACACCAAUCCAUCAUUUCAGCUCAGCCGGCAGGAAAUUGUGUCUUUGUUCAAUGCUUUUGGAAGGAUCUCCACAAGUGUCAGAGAGCUGGAGAACUUUCGGUCGCUGUUGUCAAAUCUCAAACAGUGACGGUGAAAAUCCCUCGCUCAGUCAAGAAUCUGACAUGCAUAGCACAACAGGACAGAUUUGUUUUGGGUUGUUAAAUUACACUUUUUCAGAAUGUUUUAUCCCUUAAGAAUUGAGCACCUUAAUCACAAAGCUGUACGUUAGGGAUAUAUUUUGCACUCUUACAUAAAUGUAUUUCACAUGUUAAACGUAAAAAACCCCACAAAAAACAGAAUAAGUGACCAAAAAAAUAACGCAGCUUCUCGGGAAUUAAAUGGAGAUACAUAAAUAUACUUCAAAUUGUUUACAAGAGGGACAUAAACUACUUGAUUUGUGUAUUUUGCAUAUAUAAAGCCAAGUUUUCAUUUCUUUAUAGGUGUAAUAUAUUUUUGAAUUAAAUAUAUUUUGAGUUAAAUUAA